AUGGACCUGGAGAGCAAGAGCCCUUUGGGAGCGACUCUGGAGAAGGCCGAGAGCGUCCCGAGCCCCGUGGCCUCCUGGCUUGCCGCUCCCGUGCCCUCGCUGUCCAGCCUGGCCUGCAUGCACGUGAUCCGCUGGGCCGUCUGGAGGCCCUCGCUGGAGGCCGGCUCCGGGCGGGUGAGCCUGCCGCUGCUGGGGGGCGUCCGGCCCAACCCCUCGCGCCGCCUGGCCUACAAGGUGCCCUCGGCCAGCAUGAGCUCCGCAGAGGUGAGGCAGGUGGAGUCCGGCACGGUCCAGUUCCAGUACUCGCUGAACUCCGAAGGACUCCUGGACGCGGCCGACGGGCCGGUCAGCAGCCCCCAGCCCCAGCCGCGGCCCGGCAGGAAGCCACCUGCGUCCCCUUCGAGGCCCUUCCCCUGCUGCUCCCCGCGUGGCCCCCGCGUGGCCCCCAGGAGCGCUGUGCGCGGCAUCUCCGCGGCCUCUAGCUCGGUCUCGUCUGCCUUCCGUGGCCUGACCCGGCACGCCGAGUCCUUCAGCUGCCCGGACACGCGGCGCUGCGCAGUUCUGCGUCUUCACCAGUUUGGGGCUGUUCUCAUGCAGGCAGCACCUGGGUGUUCGGGCCCCUCCGACCUGCCACGCCGGGGCUCCGGCCGGCGGGCCCUGUCAGGGGCGGCGUGGACGGGCUGUGGCCCAGCUGGUGGGCAGGACCUGGCCUCCCUGGCCUGCUUGGGCACCGGCUUCCGGAGCCGACCUGACCACAGCGAGGCCGGGCCCCUGCCUCUCAGCCGACUGCGGCUUCCGCCAACGGGGGUGUGCGCGGCCAUCCUGUCCUCGGGCUCCCGCCCCGACUCUGAGCUGCGGCCCCAGCCCCCAGCUGCCGACCGCGUGGAGGCUGUCACGGCUGCUGUGUCCCGGAGCAACGAAAUAGUGCUGCAGUUUCUUGCCUUCAGCAGAGCGCCCCAGGACUCGCGGGCAGCGCCGUGGCCCGAGACCGUGUACUUCACCUUCCAGUUCUACCGCUUCCCGCCCACCACCACGCCCCGCCUGCAGCUGGUCCCGCUGGACGGCACUGGGGGGCCCGGCCCGGCCUCCCUGACGCACCUGCUGGUCCCGGUGAACAAAGAUGCCUCCUCUGACGCGGGGGCUCCCGGCUUCCGGCAGACGUACCUGGUGGACCCUGGGGCCAUGACCCCCGGAGAGCCGCGCUGGUUCACCCGCUACCUGGCCGUGCAGACCCUGCAGAUUGACGUCUGGGACGGGGGCUCCCUGCUGCUCCUGGGGUCGGCGGCCGUGCCUUUGAAGCAUCUCCUCCGCCAGGGGCGGCCAGCUGUGCAGGUCUCGCACGAGCUGGACGUCGUGGCCACCGAGUACGAGCAGGACACCAUGGUGGUAAGCGGAGACCUGACCGGCUUUGGCAGCGUCAAACCCAUCGGUGUCCACUUGGUGGUGAAGGGCCAGCUGCACCUGACCUUGGCCAACGUGGGUGAGUGUCGCCGCCCAGCGGGAGCGGAGUGGACGAAGGUGGAGAAGGCGGUGCUGGCCCCCCGGGUGGCCCCAAAGUGGGUGGAGGUGCAGCACGCACUGCAGGGCGGCUGGGGCCGUCCUCGGGGUGGGGGACCCGCCAAGACCCAGCAGGCGGUCCUGCGGACAUUCUGGGGUCUCCGGCGGCAGGCCGGCGGGGGCGGCCCCCUUAGGACGGCCCUGUGCCACCUCGCUGCGAAAAAUGUGGUGCAAGCGCAGAAGCUGGCGGACUUGGACAGCGAGCUGGCGGCCAUGCUGCUCACGCCCCCGCCGCUGGGGCGCGCCGGGCAGCAGGGUGCUGGCCGCGAGGGUGAGGCCGUCCGCAGGCGCAAGCUGCUCUACCUGCGUCCCCGGGAGACCACCCACGUCCCCUUCAAGUACCAGAGCUUCUCCGUGGGCCAGCAGGCCCGGGCACAGGUGGGCUCCUCCUCCGGCCCUGCGGGCGAUGUCGGGGCGCGGGUGGCCGGGAGCGGCGCUGACGCCUGCUUGCAGGUCGCGGGCGGCGAGGCCUACACCAUCGGCCUGCGGUUCGCGCCCGGGGACAGCGCCGGGGAGGAGGAGGUCCUCAUCUACAUCAACGACCACGAGGACAAGACGGAAGAGACCUUCUGCGUGAAGGUCAUCUACCAGCAGGCGCCUCCGGAGGCCCCCGGCGGCCCGGCGUCCGGGGGGGCCGCGGCGUCGCCGCCCUGACCCGGCGGGGCCACGCAUCGCCCCGUCAUCUUAAGCGGCAAAUUGUGUUUUCUUACUGAGUUUUGCACAGACGUUCUCACUGGCUGCACGGUGUUUUCUACUAGAGUUUCGUACGUUCACAAGUUAUUUAUGAAACGGAUUUAUGG